CCCGCCUCUUCCUGUCCGGUCAUGUGACCUUCUUUAAACCUCUCCGCGGAAGCCGCUGCCGUAUUUUGUGACGCUGUGCCGGUGUGGUGUACAGGAGGGCAGACAUGAGCGGGCAGUACAGAGCCGGGCUGCUGCUGAGCCGUGCACUUUUUAAGAAUUCAUGGAGAUGGCGAGCGACUUCAGCAAGUGAAAAAGCAUUGCAGUUUAAACCAGGCGAAACGAUCCAUGGAUUCACAGUGAAGGAGGUCACUCCGGUCCCUGACUUGUUUUUAACUGCAGUAAAGCUCAACCAUGAAGCCACUGGUGCAAAAUACUUGCAUGUCGCAAGAGAAGACUCAAAUAACUUAUUCAGUGUACAGUUCCGAACAACCCCUCUGGACAGCACCGGAGUCCCACACAUACUGGAACAUACAGUUUUGUGUGGGUCCAAGAAGUAUCCAUGUAGAGAUCCCUUCUUCAAGAUGUUAAAUCGAUCCUUAUCCACUUUUAUGAAUGCAUUCACAGCAAGUGAUUACACGAUGUACCCGUUUUCAACUCAAAAUGCCAAGGACUUCCAGAAUCUCCUGUCUGUGUAUUUAGAUGCUGUAUUUUUCCCGUGCCUGAGGGAACUGGACUUCUGGCAAGAAGGAUGGAGAUUAGAGCAUGAAAAUCCCACUGAUCCCAAUUCCCCUCUGAUAUUUAAGGGCAUUGUAUUUAAUGAGAUGAAAGGAGCAUUUACAGAUAAUGAGAGAAUCUUUGCACAGCAGCUACAGAACAAGCUUCUUCCAGACCACACGUACUCUGUCGUAUCUGGAGGAGAGCCAUUAGACAUCCCAGAUCUCACCUGGAAUCAGCUGAAGCAAUUUCAUGCCACUCACUAUCACCCAAGCAAUGCCAGCUUCUUUACCUAUGGAAAUCUUCCAUUGGAGCAGCACUUAAAGCAAAUUCAGGAAGAUGCCUUGAGCAAGUUUAAGAGCAUUGAUCCACACACAAUGGUUCCACAACAGCAGAGAUGGAGGUGUCCGGAAGAAUAUCAUAUCACUUGUGGAGUGGACACAUUUGCAAGUGAUCCGGCUAAACAGACGAUGGUCAGCAUGAGCUUCCUCUUAUCAGACAUUACAGAUUCCUUUGAGUCAUUUACACUGAGCCUCUUGUCAUCUUUGUUGGUUGAUGGACCAAAUUCUCCUUUCUACAAAGCCUUAAUAGAAGCCAACCUUGGGACUGAUUUCUCUCCUGAUACUGGUUUUAACAAUUACACCAGAGACACUUACUUCAGCAUUGGAUUACAGGGAGUAAAUAAAGAUCAUGUCCAGUCUGUGAAAGAAAUCAUAACUAAAACUAUCCAAGAGGUUGUUGAAAAAGGAUUUGAGACAGAAAGAAUUGAAGCACUUCUCCACAAGCUUGAGAUCCAGAUGAAGCAUCAGUCUACAAGCUUUGGCCUUACAUUAGCCUCAUAUGUUGCAUCUAGCUGGAAUCACGAUGGAGACCCUGUUGACCUGUUAAAAGUUGGAGAGAAAAUAAAUCGAUUCAGACAGUGUCUUAAAGACAACCCCACAUUCCUACAAGAAAAAGUCAAGCAGCAUUUUCAGAAUAAUCUACACACAAUGACUUUAAGUAUGAGUCCCGAUGAAAAUUAUUAUGAGAAGAAAGCUCAACUGGAAAAUAAAAAAUUGAACCAGAAGGUUGAAGCUUUGACUGAAGACGAGAGGAAGCAAAUAUAUGAGAAAGGUCUUGAGCUUCUAGAGUUGCAAAGUAAACCCCAGGAUGCAUCUUGUCUUCCUGCACUCAAAGUAUCUGACAUUGAGCCGACAAUCCCACAUACAGACCUGGAAUUGGCUUAUGCAGGUGAGGUUCCUGUUCAGUAUUGUGCUCAGCCAACAAACGGUAUGGUUUAUUUCCGAGCAAUCUCCAGCCUUAAUACUCUUCCUGAGGAGCUCAAGCCUUACGUGCCUCUCUUCUGCUCUGUUAUAACAAAGAUGGGGUGCGGUGUUUAUAGCUACCGAGAACAAGCUCAACAGAUGGAGCUGACAACAGGAGGGAUGAGCGUCUGUCCACACAUCAUACCAGAUGACUCCAACCUGGACUCCUAUGAACAGGGGGUGCUGUUUUCAUCGAUUUGCUUGGACAGGAAUAUGCCGGACAUGAUGCACCUGUGGAGUGAAAUAUUUAACAGUCCCCAUUUUGAUGAUGAAGAACGGCUUCGAGUUUUAGUAAGGAUGAGCGCACAGGAGAUGUCGAAUGGCAUUCCAGAUUCUGGCCACACCUAUGCUGCUAUACGAGCAAGUCGGACAUUAACUCCGGCCGGGGAACUAAACGAACUCUUCAAUGGAAUGGAUCAGGUCCGAAUGAUGAAAAGGAUUGCCGAAAUGUCGGAUUUGACCCCAUUACUGCGAAAAAUGUCACGUAUUCGUAAAUCCUUACUACUGAGUGACAGCAUAAGGUGCUCUGUCAAUGCCACACCUCAGCAGAUGUCUAUAGCUGCAAAGGAAGUCGAACACUUUUUGGCUGGAAUCCAUCGGAGUAAAAAAGAGCGCAAAGCAAUUCGACCUUAUAUUAUUUCGAAAUCUUUAAAUCCUGCCUUGGUUGAAAAAGAUGGAUCACACGCAGGCUACAGGAAGCUUGUUCAUGACCCAACUUUCAAACCCUGUCAGAUGAAGACGCACUUUUCCUUGCCUUUUCCAGUAAAUUACAUUGGUGAAUGUAUAAGGACUGUCCCUUACAUGCAUGCUGACUAUGCCAGCCUUCGUGUACUUGCACGAGUAAUGACUGCAAAAUUUCUCCAUGGAGAGAUCCGUGAAAAAGGAGGAGCCUACGGUGGUGGGGCCAGGUUGAGCUUUGAUGGAGUGUUCACAUUCUACUCAUAUCGAGACCCAAAUUCAUUGUCUACAUUGUCCACGUAUUGUAAGGCAAUAGAAUGGGCCAAGUCAGGAAAGUUCACUUUACAAGACCUCGAUGAAGCUAAAUUGUCAAUAUUUUCAGCUGUGGAUUCUCCUGUUGCUCCUUCUGACAAAGGUAUGAAUCUUUUCUUGCAUGGUAUAACCGAUGAGAUGCGACAGAAGCAUAGAGAGCAACUGUUUGCUGUCAGUCAUUCUGAUCUCAUAGAUGUUGCCAGCAGAUAUUUAGCUAUUGGCCAGUGCACACAUGGGAUGGCUAUUCUGGGUCCUGAGAAUGCAAGUAUCGCAAAAGAUCCAACUUGGAUCAUUCGAUGAGAUUAUUCUUCAUGAAGAAGAUACGUUUAUUAGUCCUUGUAAAGGAAAUCUAUUUAUACAUUCUUUAUUAGGUCAUUCUUCAUUUAUUUUAUAAACUCUUAACAUUUCUUGUAAUGUCAAAUUAUAUUAAAAGAAAACUCACUUA